AACACUCACUCAUCACUCGGACUGAGUAGUGUGUCACGAUGAAGCUCCUACAUCCCUCGUUAGUAAUUCUACUCAUCCUCUUCACCUCCUCCUGUGCCCAACUCGCCAUGGCAAGGUCAGCGUUCUGUGACUCCAAGUGCAAGGUGAGGUGCUCCAAGGCUAGCUUACAGGACCGGUGCUUGAAGUUUUGUGGCUUGUGCUGUGAGACGUGCCGAUGUGUGCCGUCCGGCACCUACGGGAACAAGGAUGAGUGCCCUUGUUAUAGGGACAAGUACACAGGGGUUGGCAAGAGGAGGAGGCCCAAGUGCCCCUAAGAGAGAGUGAGUGAAAGAGAGCUCUGUGCUUUCUUGCUUCUUCCAUGCGUGUAUAUGUGGUUAUAUGGAGUGAUGGUGUCUGCAUCAGUUGAUAUAUUACCAGUGCUGAAAAUAAAUCCUGCUCUCUAGCAUGUUUAAUGUAGAUCGAGAGAGAGAGAGUGAGAGAGAGAGAGUGAGAGAGUUGUUUACCUGUUCAUUAUGAAUAUAAUGUCUUGCAUAUGUUGAGGCAUUGCUUUUGUUUUCA